AUGGCCUAGAUUGGAUAGGUUUACAAGGUUUUCCGGCCUCUGUUGGUCAGCAAUUGUGUGAAGCCGUUAGCAAUUACCGUCGGGAAGGGCGGGAAGCUUAUUGGCCCCUCUCAAAGUCAGUAUUCCCAUCCACACCGCAGACUAUCCGCCAUUCGCGAUCCUCCAUGUGACGGGCAGUAGUGGAGAACAGGUGGUGCACAGCGGCAUGCGCGCAACUCUUUGAAGCACAGCAUAUAUGUAAGAGGUGCUUGAUGCCAAAUGGCCGAGCAAGCGUGGAUGACCUCGACAGGUGGCAUCGCCAGCACGUCUCAGGGGACGUCAGUCAUGUUGACAACGGACCCCAUGGUGGUGGCCUGGGACCCGUAGCGGGGACAGGGUAGACGAGCGGGCCAGGCGACGAGAAGGAUGAAGAAGGUUGGCAAGCUCGUUGGACAGAGCCAAUAUGUCGGACCCAAACGGCGAACCUAUCGCACUGCGGUGGUUAGACCUGGUGCUUGGUUAGCUGCUCAGCCCAGUCCGAGGUGGCUGCUGCCACGUAGUGUCCGGACGGGGCCGUCGUCUCAGACCCCGAGCUGGGACGUGCGAGACUCCUGGAGGAGCAGAAGAUCUUGGGCGAUCAGGAGGCGGGCGUGAUGGACAUGCCGCGAGGAAAUCCUCAGGGGCGGGGGGGGGAGCUGAAGAAUUGGAAACGAACGGCCGGAGAAGGCCAAGGG